AUGCCAGUAACGCGAAGUCAGUCAAAGAACCUGACCAACCAAAGUUCGAGCCCAGCACAGGGCACCACCGAGGAUAGCGAGAUCUCCACCAAAAGUGUGGAACAAGAACAAGCGGCGAGAGGAGCUUUCAUUGAAUGGCAUGAUCUUGACUAUGCCGCCGAAUCCAUAUUAAAACAGACCGAUUGGAAGUCCAUUCUCAAGGAUGUUCACCAAAUUGAUGGCUGCCGCCAAAUCACAUUUGCACAUCCCGUGGAAAAUCCCCAGAGACUAUGGAUUAUAAUACACUGGCGUAGCAGAGCUCUUCGUGACGAGUUUCAUCAGUCAGAUGCAAUGACACAGACCAUGAAGGAAGUCAUCUUCUUGCCAGAUUCCGAUACCCCCAGUAACGAUAGAAGAAGCCACAACAACAAGGCUCUUUUGAUUUAUCAAGUUGACAACACCGUUGGAACCUUUAUUAUUGAUUGCUUUUCAGACUCCAGUCUUUCCAGCAUGGUUUAUGAGAUCUGGAUGGUUUAUUUUCCGAUUGAAGUUGUCGUUGCUAUGUCGGAUUCAAAGCCUCUUUACGAUUAUCCGAAGCUGGUGAACAUUUUCCUCCAACCCGAUGAAGAGCCAAGCCCUAUGGCUGCUAUUUUGAAUCAGACUGUUGCCUGGGUUUCAGGUGAAGUCGUGUAUAAGGGUCGGCGCUGUAAACGAAUGGCGUGGUUCAGGACUUGGAAGUCCAGGGAAGCGGAAUACAUUUACAAAACAACAGUGUCAUGGGGUAGGAAAGAUAAUGGCGAAUGGAAGCUAGCUUCAAAUUCGUUUGUUGAGGAGCUGAACGGUCUUGGGAUGGUGGGAUACGAGGCUUGGCAUGCUAAGUUUGAGGAAAUUCAAACAUGGAUGUAG